GUCUUAACAUCGCAAUUUUGGGGGGAACUCUAUAAAACUUAUUGCGCUGUUCGUGACAAUCUAGUUUUGGGGAAAUAAAAAUGUAUUGAGAUCAGUUGUUUCAUCGAUGAGAAACUGUGCAGAAUGUCGGCCCAGUUUCACCGUCUCGCACUCCACGCGACUGGACGUGUCAGGGUUAUCCCUUCUAUCUGUGACGCGCUGUCAGCUGACUGCAGUAAAUUCACCAACCUUCGCUGCAAACACAGACCAGCAGCUGGAGGAACCACAUAUUCUUGUCCGUCUAUCUCUCUCCGAACUAAACAAUGGCAAGCCAGUCCCAGGGUAUCCAGCAGCUUUUGCAAGCUGAAAAACGUGCUGCAGAAAAAGUAGCAGAAGCCCGCAAACGUAAGAACCGUCGGCUGAAGCAGGCCAAGGAGGAAGCCCAGGCCGAGAUUGAGCAGUACCGUAUGCAGAGGGAGAAGGAUUUUAAGACCAAGGAGGCUGCGGCUCUUGGAUCCCAUGGUAACUCUGCUGUAGAGGUGGACAAAGAGACUGUGGGCAAGAUGGGUAGCAUCCAGACCAGCUACCAGCAGAACCGGGAAGGGGUGCUGGGCAACCUGCUUAAGAUGGUGUGUGACAUCAAGCCAGAGAUCCAUGUCAAUUACCGUUUUGCUGGUUAAACCCCCUCAUCACAACCCCUUAUUAAACUAAGGAAACACUGAGACACUCUCAUUGCACUGCCAUCAGUUGACACAUGUUUCAUUGACACAUCUACUACACCCAUGCAUGAUGCAAACCUCUUGGCCUGCCUGCUCAUAACUUUAAUGCUAUACCCACAAGUUUAUUUUCUCUAUAAAUAUAAUCAACAGAUGUGUAUAUGAUUCAAAUAGGUAUACCUUUGUCCAGUAAAAUGUAAAGCAUAUUCACUCUAUUGGUUAGUCAAAGCAGGCAGAGGUUAUUUUGGUCUUAUGCAGUGUCUCUGUUUCCCAUCUUCAUCGCUUGUAGUAUCAAGGUUUUUAUGUAAAGGUUAGUGUGUGUGUGUGUGUGUGUCUUUCUGUGCAAUGUUUAUUAAUAUGGACAUAUUGUUCUUGUUUUAUUUGUGGAGACCAAAAUACAGUGCUUAUUUCACUUAAUGGACUGUUAGGCCUGGAAAAAAAAGAUUGCUGUUUUGUUUGAAUGUUUCCCUGCUGUCCCAAUUUGAUUUUUAAUCUAUAUGAAUAUAUUAUCCUGUAUAGUGGAUGUUCCUCUGUUCACAGCAAUCUAA